CCCGGAAUCAGGCGUUAUGUGUGGGAACACGCGACGGACGUACACCGGAUCAUGCACCGAAUCAAGAGCGCGGGAGCCACGUUCGCACCCAAUAAGGCGCAAAUCUGCCGCCCUCGGGUGAUGAUAGUCGGGCAAAUGUGCUGCCGGGAGGGGAGACUACCUGAUCAAGGGAAGCUCGACAAGAUACGGAGUUGGCCGCCGCUGCGCAACCCCAAGGAGGUACGCCAGUUUCUAGGGUUAUGUGGC